CAUGUGUCUAAAUAUUCCAUGUGAUGGGUGUUAAAAAGAAAAAGAAAAACAGGAGCAACCAAACAUGCCCUUAGCCACAUGGACUUGGGCUAAGAUUUGCAAAGCCUCUAGCGAAAGGCCUAUGGUGAAAUCUACGCCAUCGAUCCACAAACUUGGUUUCAUUCCGUAAUUCUCUCUCUUCAAUCCCCCUGUCGGUCCGAAUCCAAAAAUGGUUAAUCCCCUCUUCAUCUUCCUCCCCCUCCUCAGCGUCGCCGCCGGCACCGACGGGCCGGACCCAUGCGUAGGCCGGCGGAUCCACAUCCGCAGCCUGCCUCCGCGCUUCAACACCGACCUCCUCCGCCACUGCGGGGCCGACGCCUUCCCGCUCGCCGACCCGUCCGCGGCGGCCACCUCGACCCCGCCCUGCGAGUCGCUCGCCAACCACGGGCUCGGGCCUCGCACUCACCCACGCAGCCGGUCUUGGUACCGCACCGACGCGCGGCUUCUGGAGGCCUUCUUCCACCGCCGCAUCCUGGAGCGGGACUGCCUCGCCGACGACCCGGCCGACGCCGACGCCGUGUUCCUGCCCUACUACGCGGCUCUCGACGCCCUGCCGUACGUGCUCGAUCCGGGCCUGCUCGACGAAUCCGCGCGGCACGGCGUGGCGCUGGCGGAGUUCCUGUCGCGGGACCAGGCACGGAUCCUGUCUCGCCGGCACGGGCAUGACCAUUUCCUGGUGGUCGCGGGGUCCGCGUGGGACUACGCGCAGUCGCCGAGCGUGGAGCCGAGGCUAUGGGGCUCGACGUCGCUGCUGCGGCUGCCGGAGCUGGCCAACUUCACGUUCCUGACCCUGGAGUCCCGCACGUGGCCGUGGCAGGAGCACGCGAUCCCGCACCCGACGUCCUUCCACCCGUCCUCCCUCGGCCACCUCCGCGCCUGGCUCGCCCGCGCGCGCCGUUCGCGUCGCGCCACGCUGAUGCUCUUCGCGGGCGGCGCCUCCCGCCCGUCCCGGCCCAACAUCCGGGGCUCCAUCCUCUCCGAGUGCGCCAACCGCACCGACGCGUGCGUCGUCGUCGACUGCUCCGGCGGCAAAUGCGCGCACGACCCGGUCCGGUACAUGCGCCCCAUGCUGCGGUCCAAGUUCUGCCUGCAGCCGCCGGGGGACACGCCGACGCGGCGCUCCACGUUCGACGCCAUCCUCGCCGGGUGCGUGCCCGUGUUCUUCGAGGACCUCGCGGCGCGGAGGCAGUACGGGUGGCACCUGCCCCCAGUGCGGUACGACGAGUUCUCGGUGCACAUACCCAAGGAGGCCGUGGUGUUCGGCGGCGUCCGAAUCGUCGAGGCGCUGGAGGCCGUGCCGGAGGAAGAGGUGCGGAGGAUGCGGCGGCGCGUGCUGGAGAUGGCGCCGAGGGUGGUGUACCGGCGGCACGGGAGCACGCCUGAGCUGAGGGAGGCCGUGAAGGACGCCGUCGACCUCGCCGUGGAUGGCGUGCUGCAGAGGAUCCGGAGGCGGACGCGUGCACUGGAGGACGGACUGCCGGAGAGGAUUUACGCGCAAGAGGAGGAUAGCGUCGACAUAUAGGAUCAGGAACAUCCUCUUCGGCUGCACUGCAUCAGGACAUUAUUAUGAUGAUGCUGUGUUCCAGGUCCAAGAAUGAAACAGAGUGUGUACAUGUUGCUGUUGUAUUGGAGAAAUGAGAUUUGUGUUCCCUGUAAUUUGUACUAGUUCUAUGAGGCCUUGUUUAGUUUCCAAAAAAUUUCAAGAUUCUCCAUCA